AUGUCUCUCAUGGAUACUUGCGAAAAUUCAUUUCAACUUAAGGAAGCCGACAUAUUCGCUAAGACAAAGCAUGACGACUCACCAGGCCUCUCCGUAGAGGAUAAGAAGUUCAUUGACAUCAUGGAGCAAGGUUUUGAAAGAGAUUCUGAAGGAUGUUGGAGUGCACCACUUCCAUUUAGAGAAAACCGACCCCUCCUUCCGAGCAAUAGAAUUCACGCACUUCACAGGGCAAAUCUACUCACCAGAGGACUUCAGAAGGACCCUGACAAAAAACAGCAUGUCAUGGAAUUCAUGAGGAAACUCCUGGAUAAUGGCCAUGCUGAGAUUGCACCACCACUUUCUUCUCCAGAGGAGGAACAUUGGUACCAGCCGCUUUUCGCAGUUUACCACGUGCACCCCAAGAAAGGAAGCGUCAGAUGUGUGUUUGAUUCAUCUGCACAGAUUCAAGGACUCAGUCUCAACAGUGUUCUCUUGACCGGACCAGACUUGGUAAACAGCCUUCUUGGAAUCCUGCUAAGGUUUUGCCAGUUCCAGGUAGCAGUGACAGCAGAUGCAGAACAGAUGUUUUACCGCUUCUCAGUUCCAGCAUGUCACCGAAACUAUUUACGAUUCUUUUGGCACAAAGACAAUGAUGUAGAGAAAGAACUUACAGAGUACAGGAUGAAGAGACAUGUCUUCGGGAAUAGUGCAUCCCCAGCAGUAGCUACUUUGGGACUUCGCAGAACUGUAAGAAAUGCCGAUGAGGAUGUCAGACAAAUUGUAUGCGCCGCAUUUCCAAACAAUGACUUAGCCAAAGAACUCAAGGACCUGAACCUAGAUUUAGAUGAAACACCCCUUCAACGGACCCUUGCAUUAGAGGACAUAGCAAUACCAAGGGCUUAUGCUUACAUCAAUAGUGAGGAGGUCUUGCACAGAGAACUACACAUAUUUGCCAAUGCGUCACAGAAGGCAAUUGGUGCAGUGGCCUACAUGAAGACUUUCAAGGCAGACGGCACCCCUCAUGUAGGAUUUGUCCAGGCAAAGGCAAAGGUGGCACCUGUACAUGGGCACACAAUUCCACGUCUGGAAUUGUGUGCAGCUGUGUUGGCUUCUCAACUGAAAAGUAUGAUUUUGAAUAACCUAGAUGUUGAAAUAGCUGCCACGACCUUGUAUUCUGAUAGCAAGGUCGUACUUGGAUACAUCAACAAUGAACGCAGACGAUUCUACAUAUAUGCGGGAAAUAGAGUAGAAAGAAUACAUCAGGCGACAUCUUCUCAUGAGUGGGAAUAUUGUCCUACAGAUCAAAACCCCGCAGACAUUGCCACCAGGUCAAUCAAGCCCUGCGACCUUCAAGAAAGCAGAGGCUUAUGUGAUCCCCAUUUCCUUAAGAACACAAGAGAUGAAAAGUAUAAUCAGGAAUCAGGAAAUCCCACUGACAGAUUCCCAUUGGUCGAUGUGGAACAAGAUAAGGAAGUGAGGCCUAUUGUGAAGACCUUGCAUACCACAUGCAAGGAUGAAAGUGCUGAAGCUUACAAAAGAGCAGAAGAAUUCAUUAUCAAGGCAGUUCAGAGAGAAUACUUCCUGGAGGAAGUUGAGAGCCUUAUGGAGGGGAGAGAAAUUAAGAAAGGAAACCCUAUCUUGGGAUUGUCACCGUUUUUAGACUCCAGAGGACUUCUUCGUGUUGGAGGAAGAUUGAGGCGUGGAACCAAAUCACUUCGGCAGAUUGAAACUUGUCCUAUUUUGAUACCGAAGGGAAGUCAUUUAGCAACGUUAUUAGCUCUGCAUUGUCAUGAACAGGUCUUUCAUCAAGGUCGACGCCUCACAGGAGGGAAACUUCACAGCAUGGGAUUCUGGAUUGUGGGAGCAAAAAGGUUUAUCAACAGUCUUCUGGGGAAAUGUGUCACCUGCAAAAGAUUGCGUGGUACAUUCCACUCUCCUAAAAUGGCUGAACUUCCUGAAGACCGUUUAAGUCCUGGACCCCCUUUUACUUACGUCGGAGUAGAUGUAUUUGGUCCGUGGAGCAUAACCGCACGCAAAACCAGGGGAAGUCACGUAACGCAGAAAAGAUGGGCUGUACUUUUCACGUGUUUAACCAGCAGGGCAGUCCACAUCGAAAUCUCAGAGGAACUCAGCACCUCAAGUUUCAUCAAUGCGAUGAGGCGCUUUAUCGCCAUUCGAGGACCAGUCAAGAUCUUUAGAUCAGAUCGUGGCACCAACUUUAUCGGUGGAGUCAAAGAGCUGGGGAUGAAGAAUGUUGUGACCGAAGAUGCCUCUGUCAAGAACUUCUUAGCGGAAAAUGGCUGUGUUUGGAUUUUCAACCCACCACAUGCUUCCCAUUUCGGAGGUGUGUGGGAGCGAAUGAUCGGAAUCACGCGAAGGAUUCUAGAUGGGAUCUUGCUGAGCAAAAAGUACAUCAAAGAUCUUACUCAUGAAGUGCUUGUUACCCUCAUGGCCGAAAUCAGCGCUGUCAUGAACUCCAGACCAAUCGCGGCAAUAUCCACAGAUCCUGAUGACCCGUCCAUAUUAGUGCCAGCCAGUCUUUUGACCCAGAAGGUUGGAACACCACCAGAUGACAUCCCUCAGUUUGGUAUAAAAGAUAUAUACAGGUCACAGUGGCAGAGAGUCCAGGUGAUGGCAGAUGAGUUCUGGAAAAAGUGGCAGAAAGAGUACCUGACGGGACUUCAGACCAGGAGAAAGUGGGCGACGGACCAACCUAACCUAAAGACAGGUGACAUUGUUCUGUUACGCGAGUACGACUCUGGACGCAACUCAUGGCCGACUGCUAUGAUCAAACAAACUUUCCCAGGAGCUGAUGGAAGAGUGCGAGAAGUGGAGAUCCAUUUGUUUAGAGGAGAGAAAGAGUUCACUUACGUCCGUCCUGUUCAUGAACUUGUCCCAUUGAUCACUGAUUGA